CGCACACGCGCGAAUCGCUCCUCCGAAGACCCGACCGGACCACGAGAGCCGCGUUGAUACUCUCCCGGAAUCGCAUUCAGUGUCGUGCGCUGACCGUCACCAGACGUCCGGCUCACUUUCGCAUUCACCGCCGUCACGAGUCAACCUGUCGAUCGCAUUUUCUUUUUCAUCCCCCGUCACAGUGCAGAUACACUCUGAUAUUAAUUUUAAUACCUACCCAAUAUACCUUAAUAUUAUUGUCUCUAUAUUAUUCCAAUCUUCUCCCCGUCGCUCCGUUAUCGCCACCAGUCGGCGUUGACAAGACAAUAAAAUAUUAUACUAUCCACAUCCGUAAGUGAUAGCCUGCACAGUCAUGACCACUACGGUUUCCAACGGCAACGGCACCGACGUGGUGAGCCUGCUAAAAAAGACCAAACCUCCGGCACUGAAGAAACUCGCGUCGUGGAAAGACGAAAACGAAUUUGACGGCACGGGCAACCCGAAAACGCCCAGAACUUCCACCACGCCGGGUAAGACACCGGGUCACGAGAACUGCACAUUCCACCACGACUUAGAGCUGGACCACAAGCCACCCACCCGGGAAGCCCUGUUGCCGGACAUGACUGACUCAUAUAAGAUGCUUUUGAGUGCGUUGGGUGAAAACCCCGAACGCCAAGGGCUGCUGAAGACUCCGGAAAGGGCGGCCAAGGCAAUGCUGUUCUUCACAAAGGGCUACGAUCAGACACUGACGGACGUACUUAACGAUGCGGUAUUUGACGAGGAUCACGAUGAAAUGGUUGUGGUGAAGGACAUUGAAAUGUUUAGUAUGUGUGAACAUCACUUGGUUCCGUUUUACGGAAAAGUUUCGAUUGGAUAUUUGCCGAAAAACAAAAUUUUGGGCCUCAGCAAACUCGCACGCAUCGUGGAGAUGUUCAGCAGAAGACUUCAAGUUCAAGAGCGAUUAACUAAACAGAUUGCUGUGGCCGUCACCCAAGCGAUUCAACCUGCUGGAGUUGCCGUGGUCAUAGAAGGAGUCCACAUGUGCAUGGUCAUGAGAGGCGUACAAAAGAUAAACAGCAAAACCGUCACGUCUACCAUGCUGGGAGUGUUCAGAGACGACUCGAAGACACGCGAAGAAUUUUUGAACCUAGUCCAGUCAAAAUGAAAUCUACCAAAACAGCAUCAACAUUGCAUUCACAAAACAACCGCUGCAGUGUUAUUACACGACAGUGAACCUUUAUAAUCCAAACGGAUUGCUAUUAUCAUUCGUACAUAUUAUAUACAUAUAUAAUACACGUACUUACCUAUAUAUGUCUAUAAUACAGUAUAUAGCGUUACACAAACUUAUUAGCCACUCACUUUUACCUACGUAUACACGAGAAAAAAAAUUCUACUGAAAUAUUAAGUGUGCGCACUUCUGAUUUAAGCACACGAUAUAUAUAUAUCUGAUAUCUAAUAUUUAUACAUAAAAGUCUGGGCAUUAAAAUAAUUUUUUUUUUGAAAAGUCAGUUAAUCUUCAUAAUUAACAAUUUAUAUUAUAACAAACUAUACUUUUUCGUUAAUGUUAUUUCUAUAAAGUAUAUAGAGUACCUACCUAUGACUGUUUACUCAUCGUAAUUUUUAUUGUUUAACGUAACUUGUAACUCAAACGACGACUAAUAUAUUUUAAAUCCUUAUUUUGUCUUUUUACUAUGAUCUUAUUGUAACUAAAUAUAUAAUAUUGUGCCGUUAUUCGCUAUUUUCAGUAUUAAAUGAACGAGAUUAAAACCAAAAAACUGAUUUAAUUAACUGAUGUCCAGACUUGUUUAUAUUAACAUAUUAUAAUAUUAUAAUAUUAUAUACGUCCAACCUAAUACCUAAUGUUAAUCGAAAACUAUCAUAAUUAUUAUUAUCUACCUACUAUAAAUUAUUGGUAAACUGUUAACCAUAAUAAACCACGGUUCUUAUCCCCGCUCCAUUGUCCCUCAGAGACAAGUUAUAUACGUGUUAAUGUUUGUUAAUAAAAAAAAAAGUCUAUAUAAUAUUAUUGUUUUUAUAUUUUUGUCAAAGUGUUAUUGUCAUAAAAUAGAUUUUAUUGUUCUGGUUUGAUUUAUACUAUAUUAUAACCAAAUUGUAUUGAAAAAUAUUAUAUUCGCUUUGUGCACGGUUUGGUUAUACUUUGCAUUUAUUAAUUAUUAUAUUAUAAUAUUGAUCAUUAUAAAUUAUUACAACUAUUCAUAUAAUAAAAUAUUAUAUUAUAUCAUUAAAUAAAAUUGUAAUCGUUA